GCGAUGAUAUUGCAUUAAGUGAAUGACAGCUAGAAAAAGGGAAUCUGCUUACCACCAGGAUCAGUUUGCAAGUUAGCUGCUCUGACACCUGGGAGUCUCAUAAGUAAGAGAGGUGAGAAAUGUCUUCUGAUGAUCGCUGGUCGGCGGAGGAAGAGGACAGUCAAGUAUCUAAACUGACACGGAAAGCUAGAGACUCUCCAUUUGUUCCUGUAGGGAUGGCAGGCUUUGUUGCUGUCGUGGGCUAUGGUCUCUACAAGCUGAAACACAGAGGAGAUCAGAAAAUGUCAGUCCAUCUCAUUCACAUGAGAGUUGCAGCACAAGGCUUUGUCGUAGGAGCAAUAACAAUAGGUGUUCUCUUCUCUAUGUAUAAGGAUUACGUUAAACCUCAGUUCAAGAAUGGGGCCAAAAAGUGAACCAACUUCAUAGGAGCAAGCAGGAGAGGAAAGCAUAUGUUCAGUAUUAAUUAUUUAGCAUUUCUAUAUGUAAACACUGUAAGAAUUUUAAGUAAUAAUCACCAGGACUUCUGUUAGCUCUGCCAUUGAAUGGCUGCUCUAUGCUAAAGCCAACUGUUGGGAUCAAUACCUAAACUCACAAUAUCCAUGUCUAUGAUGCUAGAGGCAAUAGACUCAGCAUGACUGACAGCACAGUCAGUACCAAUGUUUCAGCAAUCCCUGCCAGCUAGAGUAGUGUGCAAGGAGGAGAGUUGUUAUCUGGGGCAGAGGCAGCCAUCUACCUACAUCAAGCUCAGAAUGCCGCAGUGCAUCCUAGUUAGGAAAGAGGGCUACAAUAUGGAAAGAGCAUUGCAAGAUUGUUCUUUGGGGUUGGCAGUAGACAGUUAACAGAAGUCCUGAGUAGUCCAAUGUCUUGUACCAUUGCUGGUUGUUUAAAUGGUUCGUGCUAAUAUAUUAUAUUAGCUGUUUAUUGAUGCUAUUUUAUUUAUUAAAUCUUUAUAUAUAGGGGAACCCACUUGGUUACAAUAAAAUACU